UGCAUUUCACGUCAGAGACACCUCAAAGUGCUUCGCGCUGUUGCUCCUGUGCAAUAAAUAGCCGUCCUUCGGCGGUUCCUCCGCUACAGUACCUGUGGAUCAUUGAAGGAACGGCAUACAGCUUCUCGCAGAAUGAAGGUGCUGGUUUUGUCAUUGGCCUUUGCCAUGGUGGCAAGUGUAAAGUCAGCGGCGUUCGAUGCUGCUCCUAGCGUGUCUUCUUGCCCGAAGACUCCUGGUACGAAGCCUGUGUAUAUAGCUGACCCGGACGACUGUACCAAGUACACCGUCUGCAGUGGCUCGUUCGGAAUGAAGCUGGACUGUCCACCAGGACUACACUUUAACAAGAACACCAGUGCUUGCGACUACCCUCCCAAUGCAGGAUGUGAAGACAUUCCAACCGAGGACCCGACAAAGCUGAAAGGCCCUCCAGGAAUCAAGAAGGAUGCUUACUUAAACAUGGACGCUACUGAUGGUGUUCCCUCUGUGACUUCGGAACCGAAACCAGGAAUUGGGCAGCUCAGUGACACUGCUUUCGUUGACGAGCAAGCGACCAAGGGGGACGAUGCUGCUGCUGCGGGAUCUGAGGACGGUGCCGCCGGUCCAGCUGAUACCGCCGGUCCUGCUGAUACCGCUGGCCCUGCUGAUACCGCUGGUCCUGCUGAUACUGCCGGUCCCGCUGGUUCCGCUGGUCAUACAGGUGCCGGCGGAUCUGCUGGUCCUGGUGCUUCCGCUGGUUCUUCCGGCUCUGUCGGUUCCGCCGGUUCUGCUAGUCAUGCCGGCUCUGCUGGCCCAGCCGGUAGCGGUGGUGUGGCCGGUUCGUCUGGCUCGGCCGGUUCGUCUGGCUCAGCCGGUUCCGCCGGUCUUGCUGGUCCAUCUGGUGGCGGUGGUAUUGGAGGGCUCGCAUCAGGAUUCUAGUAAUAAAUCAACUUAUAACAGAUACCGCGUCGUACGUAAUGCACUGCAAUGCACUUGUGAGAAGGUUGCGUUUUAAGCUGGGAGAAGACUUCCCAUGAUGACAGAGAUGAUGAUGAGAUGACUUACUGUUGAAUGAUUACUGUAUACAAUGCAUUGCAUAUCUCUCUCUCUCUCUCUUUUUUUUUUUUGCUCCUGGAAUACUGCUGACACUGUAACGGUCUAAAGCCCCAUUAGGAAAGAAUUAAACAAUUUAUAAUAUGA